AUGCCACGGGCUCAACCACACACAUACAUCAUUCCAUCAUAUCGCCCAUCCGCAAGCACAUACACAGCACAGGACCUGCGCUCAGGUUUCAGUCCAGCCUCGCACCCCGUGUCUGUGGUGGCGAGAAACCUUCCGGGGACCGAUAACAACUCCGAGAGCCGCGGGGAGACACCCGAAGAGAGUUUGAUUCCAGGCAAUCCACAGGCAACUGGGAGUAUUAUCACAGAGAGUGGCCUAUAUUAUGCGCCAAUGCCCGUGGCAGGCCAAAUCAGCGGAGGAAAUGACUCAGUCCUGAUGUUGGGCUCAAACCCACCAGGGACGAAGCGGGCUUAUAAGGCUGAUGCCGAUUUGGACGUCGACAACUCCCGACAACACCGACGCCUAACGACGAAAGAGGAGGUGGCGCUUUUUGAGAUUUGCAACCAGAAUGCAGAUACCUUUGGCAGUCGUAGCAAUCUGUGCAAAUGGUGGAUAUCCGUUGCUGAUGAAUUUAAGCGCACCCACGAUGGCCGUUCAUAUUCGUGGCAUUCGGUGCGCCGCAAGGUGGAAAUGGUUACAAGACAGCGAAUCAAAGCCCUCGAGGAUCAACAGCAGCGUGGCUCGACUGCCGCCGAGGAUCUCAUGAAUCCGCAAUGGCGUGAUGCGGUUGAUGCAUGGCUUCCGACGUGGCAGCGGUGGGAGAAUGCCGAGAACCAUCGGAUUGCCAAACGCGACGAAGUCAAAAAACGAAAACAACCACCAGCCAGGCCUCUCAGCCAGGGUCAGAUUCAGAGUCAGACUCACAAGAGCGGAGAGUCAGAGCCAUGGCGGGCACAGUUUGGGUCUGUUACGAGCCCGACUGAUGUUGGUUCUACAAUGAUAGGUCACUCUACUGCAAGUCUUGGAGACUCUCUUCCAGCAGCAAGCCCGACACUUGCGACCUCAGUCCCCACUACUUCACAAUCUGGACCCUUCUCCGAACAAUCCCCCACCCCUCUACCAGCGCCGACCUCUCUCAGACUACCACCGGGGUUCGAGAACAUGUUCUCAACGCCUCCAAUGCCUGCACCACCCACAUCUUACCACCCACCCUCUACAACAUCGAAAGCCACAGACGCUAACAGCGGCGCGAUAUUGAAUGCCGCCGUCCAAACCCUAAACAGACUCCACAAUCACUCCGAGGGAAAAGACCUCGACGCAGCAAGCAUCUCACCCAUCUUCCAGGCUGUCACCAAAGCAGCCUCAGAAAAACCCAACAGGAACCGCUCCUAUCAGCUCCCACCACCACGGCAGUCCUCGUCACAUUCCUCAUCCACCAGUCCCACUCCAAUUGAUAUCGAACAGAUGAAAGAGGAGCUUCGACAAGAGAUGAGGAUUGAGAUGCGUUGCGAACUAGAACGGGAUCGAGCUGCUCUUGAAGAGAAGUUGGAUUCUGUGCAACGGACCCAAGAGAUGAUUCUUGAGAUGCUGAGACAGGAACCUACCUGA